AUGAAUCCAUCACCGUUUCCUGUUAAUGUUCAACAAGUCUAUGUUCAACAACAACAGCCACCACCACCUCCUGCGCAAAUGCAUGCUCAGCAAAUUCAGCAACAACAAAGACAACUUCAACAAUCACAAAUAACGUCAACGAUACCAGAGUAUAUGAACGAAGAUCGUUUACAAGAAAAAGCUCGACGCUGGCAACAACUACAGUCAAAGCGUUAUGCCGAUAAACGGCGAUUUAAUUUUAGUGAUAUUCAAAAAGAAGAUAUGCCCGCUGAACAUAUUCGUAAAAUUAUACGCGAUCACGGUGAUAUGACAAAUAGAAAGUUUCGACAUGACAAACGUGUUUAUUUGGGUGCUUUAAAAUACAUGCCACACGCUGUACUCAAAUUAUUAGAAAAUAUGCCAAUGCCAUGGGAACAAAUACGUAAUGUUAAGGUUAUUUAUCAUAUCACAGGUGCAAUCACGUUUGUGAAUGAAAUUCCAUGGGUUAUUGAGCCCGUUUACAUAGCACAAUGGGGUACCAUGUGGAUUAUGAUGAGAAGAGAAAAACGUGAUCGACGUCAUUUUAAACGAAUGAGAUUUCCACCAUUUGAUGACGAAGAGCCUCCAUUGGAUUAUGCCGACAAUAUUCUCGACGUUGAACCAUUAGAAGCUAUCCAGUUACAAAUGGAUCCAGAAGAAGAUAAAGCAAUUUUUGAUUGGUUUUAUGAACAUAAACCAUUGACAGAAACGAAAUUCGUUAAUGGUUCUUCGUAUCGUCGAUGGCAGUUGAGUUUGCCCAUAUUAUCAACGCUAUAUCGAAUGGGUAAUCAACUAUUAACUGAUCUGGUUGAUGAAAAUUAUUUUUAUUUGUUCGAUUUAAAGUCAUUUUUUACCGCCAAAGCAUUGAAUGUUGCCAUACCGGGCGGUCCGAAAUUCGAACCACUUGUCAAAGAUAUUAAUCCAAAUGAUGAAGAUUGGAAUGAAUUUAAUGAUAUAAAUAAAAUAAUUAUUCGUCAACCAAUUCGAACAGAAUAUCGUAUUGCAUUCCCCUAUUUGUAUAAUAGUUAUCCAUUUAAAGUUUAUUUGGCAUGGUAUCAUACACCAAAUGUUGUAUUUAUAAAAACGGAAGAUCCUGAUUUACCAGCAUUUUAUUUUGAUCCGUUAAUAAAUCCGAUAGCUCAUCGUCAUUCAGUUAAAUCUGUUGAUCCACAAAUUAUACUUGAAGAAGAUAAUGCUGAAUUUGAAUUACCAGCUGAAUUUGAACCACUUUUAUUUGGCACACCAUUAUAUACGGAUAAUUCAGCAAACGGUAUUGCCCUAUUGUGGGCACCACGUCCAUUUAAUUUACGUUCUGGUCGUACACGUCGUGCAUUAGAUAUUCCAUUAGUUAAAUCAUGGUAUCGUGAACAUUGUCCAAGUGAACAUCCGGUUAAGGUUCGUGUAUCAUAUCAAAAAUUAUUAAAAUGUUAUGUUUUAAAUGCAUUACAUCAUCGUCGUCCAAAACCACAGAAAAAACGUUAUUUAUUUCGUUCAUUUAAAUCGACAAAAUUUUUUCAAUCAACUACAUUAGAUUGGGUUGAAGUUGGUUUACAAGUGUGUCGUCAAGGUUACAAUAUGUUAAAUUUAUUGAUACAUCGUAAAAAUUUAAAUUAUUUACAUUUGGAUUAUAAUUUUAAUUUGAAACCGGUCAAAACUCUAACAACGAAAGAACGUAAAAAAUCACGUUUUGGUAAUGCAUUUCACUUAUGCCGUGAAAUAUUACGUUUGACGAAAUUAAUUGUUGAUAGUCAUGUGCAAUAUCGUUUGGGUAAUGUUGAUGCAUUUCAGUUGGCUGAUGGUUUACAAUAUAUAUUUGCGCAUGUUGGUCAAUUAACGGGCAUGUAUCGUUAUAAAUAUAAAUUGAUGAGACAAAUUCGAAUGUGUAAAGAUUUAAAACAUUUGAUUUAUUAUCGAUUUAAUACGGGAUCAGUAGGAAAAGGUCCAGGAUGUGGUAUUUGGGCAGCAGGUUGGAGAAUAUGGUUGUUUUUCUUACGUGGUGUUACACCCUUAUUAGAAAGAUGGUUAGGUAAUUUGUUAUCGAGACAAUUUGAGGGACGACAUUCAAAGGGAAUUGCCAAAACAGUGACGAAACAACGUGUUGAAUCACAUUAUGAUCUUGAAUUACGUGCAGCUGUUAUGCAUGAUAUAUUAGAUAUGAUGCCAGAAAGCAUUAAACAAAACAAAGCGAGAACAAUUUUACAACAUUUAAGUGAAGCCUGGAGAUGUUGGAAAGCAAAUAUUCCAUGGAAAGUACCGGGUUUACCAAUUCCCAUUGAAAAUAUGAUAUUACGUUAUGUUAAAGCAAAAGCUGACUGGUGGACAUCAACAGCUCAUUAUAAUCGUGAGCGUAUUCGUCGUGGUGCGACAGUAGAUAAAACCGUAUGUAAGAAGAAUCUUGGCCGUUUAACACGUUUAUAUUUGAAAUCAGAACAAGAACGUCAACAUAAUUAUCUGAAAGAUGGUCCUUAUAUCACAGCUGAAGAAGCAGUAGCCGUCUAUACAACUGUUGUACAUUGGUUAGAAAGUCGGCGCUUUUCUCCAAUACCUUUUCCACCAUUAGCUUAUAAACACGAUACAAAAUUGUUAAUAUUAGCAUUAGAACGUCUUAAAGAAGCCUAUAGUGUUAAAUCACGUUUAAAUCAAUCUCAACGUGAAGAAUUAGGUUUAAUUGAACAAGCAUAUGAUAAUCCACAUGAAGCUUUAUCUCGAAUAAAACGUCAUUUAUUAACUCAACGUGCGUUUAAAGAGGUUGGAAUUGAAUUUAUGGAUUUAUAUAGUCAUUUGAUACCGGUGUAUGAUGUUGAACCGUUAGAAAAAAUAACGGAUGCCUAUUUAGAUCAAUAUUUAUGGUAUGAAGCAGAUAAACGACGAUUAUUUCCAGCUUGGGUUAAACCAGCAGAUAGUGAACCACCACCAUUACUUUGUUAUAAAUGGUGUCAAGGUGUAAAUAAUCUGCAAGAUAUUUGGGAUACAAACGAAGGUGAAUGUGACGUAAUAUUGGAAUCACGUUUUGAAAAAUUAUAUGAAAAAAUUGAUUUAACAUUAUUGAAUCGUUUAUUGCGUUUAAUUGUUGAUCAUAAUAUUGCUGAUUACAUGACAGCUAAAAACAAUAUUGUUUUAAAUUAUAAAGAUAUGAAUCAUGUUAAUUCAUAUGGUAUUAUUCGUGGUUUACAAUUUGCAUCAUUUAUUGUACAAUAUUACGGUCUUGUAUUAGAUUUACUUGUACUUGGCUUACAACGAGCAUCAGAUAUGGCCGGUUUACCACAAACACCAAACGACUUUUUAACAUUUCAGGAAGUAGCUGUUGAAACAUCACAUCCGAUUCGAUUAUUUUGCCGUUAUAUUGAUAGAAUACAUAUAUUUUUCAGAUUUUCUGCUGAAGAAGCGCGUGAUUUAAUUCAACGUUAUUUAACUGAACAUCCCGAUCCAAAUAAUGAAAAUAUUGUUGGCUAUAAUAAUAAAAAAUGUUGGCCACGUGAUGCACGUAUGCGUUUAAUGAAACAUGAUGUUAAUUUGGGUCGUGCAGUAUUUUGGGAUAUUAAAAAUCGUUUACCACGUUCAAUAACCACUAUACAAUGGGAAAAUAGUUUCGUUAGUGUAUAUAGUAAAGAUAAUCCAAAUUUAUUAUUUAAUAUGUGUGGUUUUGAAUGUCGAAUAUUACCAAAAGUUCGUAUGACACACGAAGAAUUUGCACAUAAAGAUGGUGUAUGGAAUUUACAAAAUGAAACAACAAAAGAACGUACAGCACAGUGUUUUUUGAGAGUUGAUGAUGAAUCAAUGUCACGUUUUCAUAAUCGUGUCAGACAAAUUUUAAUGGCAUCCGGUUCCACAACGUUUACAAAAAUUGUUAAUAAAUGGAAUACGGCCCUUAUUGGUCUAAUGACAUAUUUUCGGGAAGCUGUUGUUAACACUCAAGAACUAUUGGAUUUAUUAGUGAAAUGUGAAAAUAAAAUUCAAACACGUAUUAAAAUUGGUUUGAAUUCAAAAAUGCCCAGUCGUUUUCCACCAGUGGUUUUUUAUACACCAAAAGAAUUAGGUGGACUUGGAAUGUUAUCAAUGGGCCAUGUUCUUAUUCCACAAUCGGAUUUAAGAUGGUCAAAACAAACCGAUGUUGGCAUUACACAUUUUCGUAGUGGUAUGAGUCAUGAUGAAGAUCAAUUGAUACCAAAUCUUUAUCGAUAUGUUAUGCCGUGGGAAUCCGAAUUUAUCGAUUCACAACGUGUAUGGGCUGAAUAUGCAUUGAAAAGACAAGAAGCAAAUACACAAAACAAACGUUUGACAUUGGAGGAUCUUGAAGAUUCAUGGGAUCGUGGUAUACCACGAAUAAAUACAUUGUUUCAAAAAGAUCGUCACGUUUUGGCUUAUGAUAAAGGAUGGCGUGUACGAACUGAUUUCAAACAAUAUCAAAUUCUGAAACAAAAUCCGUUCUGGUGGACACAUCAAAGACAUGAUGGUAAAUUGUGGAAUUUGAACAACUAUCGUACAGAUAUGAUCCAAGCAUUAGGUGGUGUUGAAGGCAUUUUGGAACAUACGUUAUUCAAAGGAACAUAUUUUCCAACGUGGGAAGGCUUGUUUUGGGAAAAAGCUAGUGGUUUUGAAGAAUCUAUGAGAUGGAAAAAGUUGACAAAUGCUCAACGAAGUGGAUUAAAUCAAAUACCUAAUCGACGUUUUACAUUAUGGUGGUCUCCAACAAUUAAUCGUGCAAAUGUUUAUGUUGGAUUUCAAGUGCAAUUAGAUUUAACCGGCAUAUUUAUGCAUGGUAAAAUUCCAACAUUAAAAAUCUCAUUAAUUCAAAUAUUUAGAGCACAUUUAUGGCAAAAAAUACACGAAAGUGUUGUUAUGGAUCUGUGUCAAGUAUUUGAUCAAGAGUUAGAUGCUUUGGAAAUUGAAACGGUUCAAAAAGAAACAAUUCAUCCAAGAAAAUCGUACAAAAUGAAUUCAUCCUGUGCAGAUAUUUUACUAUUUGCUGCCUAUAAAUGGAACGUUAGUAAACCGUCAUUAUUGGCUGAUUCAAAAGAUGUUAUGGACAAUAGUACCACACAAAAAUUUUGGCUCGAUGUUCAAUUACGUUGGGGUGAUUAUGAUUCACAUGAUAUUGAACGUUAUGCACGUGCAAAAUUUCUGGAUUAUACAACAGAUAAUAUGUCUAUUUAUCCAUCACCAACUGGUGUCAUGAUUGCACUCGAUUUAGCCUAUAAUUUACAUAGUGCAUUUGGUAAUUGGUUUCCUGGUUGUAAACCGUUGAUUCAACAAGCAAUGGCUAAAAUAAUGAAAGCAAAUCCAGCCUUGUAUGUUUUACGUGAACGUAUUCGCAAAGGUUUACAGUUAUAUUCUUCAGAGCCCACUGAACCUUAUUUAUCAUCACAAAACUAUGGUGAAUUAUUUUCAAAUCAAAUAAUAUGGUUUGUUGAUGAUACAAAUGUUUAUCGUGUCACAAUUCAUAAAACAUACGAAGGUAAUUUAACAACAAAACCUAUUAAUGGUGCCAUAUUUAUAUUUAACCCACGUACUGGACAAUUAUUUUUGAAAAUAAUUCAUACAUCUGUAUGGGCUGGACAAAAACGUCUUGGACAACUGGCCAAAUGGAAAACAGCUGAAGAAGUAGCUGCAUUAAUUCGUUCUCUACCCGUUGAAGAACAACCAAAACAAAUUAUUGUUACACGUAAAGGAAUGUUAGAUCCAUUAGAAGUUCAUUUAUUAGAUUUUCCAAAUAUUGUAAUAAAGGGUAGUGAAUUACAAUUACCAUUUCAAGCAUGUUUAAAAGUUGAAAAAUUUGGUGAUUUAAUAUUAAAAGCUACUGAACCACAAAUGGUCAUGUUUAAUUUAUACGAUGAUUGGUUAAAAUCUAUUUCAUCAUACACAGCAUUUAGUCGUUUGAUAUUAAUAUUAAAAUCGUUACAUGUUAAUAAUGAUCGAGCAAAAAUGAUUUUAAAACCGGAUAAAACAACUGUCACGGAAAUACAUCAUAUAUGGCCAACAUUAACAAAUGAUGAAUGGAUCAAAAUUGAAGUAGCCUUGAAAGAUCUCAUAUUAGCCGAUUAUGGUAAAAAGAAUAACGUUAAUGUUGCAUCGUUAACACAAUCAGAAAUUCGAGAUAUUAUAUUGGGUAUGGAAAUUAGUGCACCAUCAGCACAACGACAACAAAUAGCUGAAAUUGAAAAACAAACAAAAGAUCAAUCACAAUUGACAGCGACAACAACGAGAACAGUGAAUAAACAUGGUGAUGAAAUAAUUACGUCAACCACAUCGAACUAUGAAACACAAACAUUUGCAUCGAAAACAGAAUGGCGAGUUCGAGCAAUAUCAGCAACAAACUUACAUUUGAGAACAAAUCAUAUUUAUGUAUCAUCAGAUGAUAUCAAAGAAACUGGAUAUAGAUAUAUCUUGCCAAAAAAUAUAUUAAAAAAAUUUAUUGUCAUAUCCGAUUUACGAACACAGAUUGCUGGUUAUUUAUAUGGCGUUAGUCCGCCAGAUAAUCCACAAGUAAAAGAAAUCCGUUGUGUUAUAUUACCUCCACAAUGGGGUACACAUCAAACAGUUCAUUUACCAAAUAUUCUUCCGCAGCAUGAAUAUUUAAAGGAAAUGGAACCCUUAGGCUGGAUUCAUACACAACCAAACGAAUUACCUCAACUUUCACCACAAGAUAUUACUACACAUGCUAAAGUAAUGAAUGAUCAUGCUAGUUGGGAUGGUGAAAAAACAAUCAUUAUAACCUGUUCAUUUACACCUGGUUCGGUAUCAUUGACCGCAUAUAAAUUAACACCAAGUGGCUUUGAAUGGGGAAGACUAAACACUGAUCGUGGAAAUAAUCCAAAAGGUUAUUUGCCGUCACAUUAUGAAAAAGUUCAAAUGUUAUUGUCUGAUCGUUUUCUUGGCUUUUUUAUGGUUCCCGGUCAAGCAUCAUGGAAUUAUAAUUUUAUGGGUGUUCGACAUGAUGCAAAUAUGAAAUAUGAUUUAAUGUUAGCUAAUCCAAAAGAAUUUUAUCAUGAAAUUCAUCGUCCGUCUCAUUUUCUUUAUUUUGCUACUACUGAAGAUAACGAUGCGUUUAUAGCAGAUCGUGAAGAUAAAUUUACUUGA